CCUCUCCAUCCUCCUCCUCAACAACAGCGGCAAAGGCGAGCAUCACCUACUGGUUGUGAGCAGCAAAGUCUCAGCCCCCUGCCUCCUGUGUCUACCUUUCAACCAGACCGCUCCAACACACCGGCAGUUCCUUGGCCAUCGGCCCAUCAUAGCCCACAAUGGCGAUUAUCGUCAAGAUCCUGCGGGCCAUCAUCCGCAACGAUGCCAUGCGCACGGAUCCCGAUGAGAUCUACGGCUGGCGCGUCUUCGCCCUCGUCUUCUCCGCCUGCUUCGGUGGCAUGCUCUUCGGUUGGGACACGGGUGCCAUCUCGGGCGUCCUGGCCAUGGCCGGCACCAAGGAGAAGUUUGGCUAUAAGGAUUGGUCCCCAAGUGCCAUCUCGCUCAUGGAACAGAACAUUGUCUCGACGCUGCAGGCCGGUUGCUUCGCCGCCUGCCUGGUGACCGGCUGGAUCACAGACGCCUUUGGCCGUCGCUGGAGUCUCAUCGGCAGUGGUGUCCUGACAACCAUUGGCGUCGUCUUCCAGGCGUGUUCGGCCAUCAACGGUACCAUCUCCGUCAUGUACGUCGGUCGCUUCCUCGCUGGUCUCGGCGUCGGUGCCGCCUCGACCCUCGUGCCCCUUUACGUCUCCGAGUGCGCGCCCCGUGCCAUCCGCGGUGCCUUGACCACCUUUUACCAGCUCUUCAUCGUCACCGGUAUCAUGAUCUCGUACUGGGUUAACUACGGCUGCCUCCUGCACGUCGCCGAGCCCGCUGUCUAUAUUGUGCCCUUGGCCCUGCAGUGUCUCCCUGCCGUCUUCCUCAUCGCCGGUAUGCUCGUCUCGCCCGAGUCCCCCCGUUGGUGCGCGCGCAAGGACGACUGGGAGAGCGCCACGCGCAUCACCGCCCGCCUGCGUGGCCUCCCCGCCGAUUCCGACUACGUCCGCAACGAGAUCCAGGAAAUGUCCGCCCAGCUCGAGGCGGAGCGCCGCCUGACGGGCGAUGCCUCGGCCAAGACCCUGAUGAAGGAGAUGAUCACCGUGCCCGCCAACCGCAAGCGUGCCAUCAUCACCGUCGUGCUCAUGAUCUGCCAGCAGAUGACCGGUGUCAACGCCAUCAACUACUACGCGCCCCAGAUCUUCAAGAACCUUGGCCUGACCGGCGCCAAAACGGGUCUCUUUGCUACCGGUAUCUACGGCGUCAUCAAGAUGACCGCGUCCGCCUGUUUCCUGGCCUUUGUUGCCGACUCCCUGGGUCGCCGUAAGAGUCUUCUGUGGACAUCGGUUGUCAUGGGACUCGUCAUGUACCUGGUUGGUAUCUACGGUCGCGUCGAGCCUCCUGUCAAGGGCCAGCCCGUGUCCGCGUUCGGCUACGUUGCCAUCGCCUGUAUCUACCUGUGGGCCGCUCUCUUCCAGUUCGGUUGGGGACCCGUCUGCUGGAUUCUCGUGUCCGAGAUCCCGACGGCCCGUCUCCGUGCCCUCAACGUCUCUCUCGGUGCUGCCACACAGUGGCUGUUCAACUUUGUGGUCGCGCGCACUGUGCUCACCAUGCAGCAAACCAUGGGCGAGGCUGGCUACGGCAUGUUCUUCCUGUUUGGCACCUUUGACCUCCUCAUGUUCGUCUUUGUGUGGUUCUUCAUCCCCGAGACCAAGGGUCUCAGCCUCGAGUCCAUGGACGAGCUCUUUGGCCAUGUCCACGAGAAGGGCCCCAAGAGCGUCGACGACGAGCCCGCCGUGGACCGUGUCGAGACCGUCAACGAGCAGCGCAACAACAAGGUCUGAGCGGCCUUUCUUGCUUGUCUUGUUUCGCGAGCGUGCUUUGGGUGAUGGAAUUGAUCGAUACCCAUCGAGUGGGGGUGUAAUCGGGAUACCACGUGUGAACAGAGAUUUUGGACUGUUCAGGGCGACGGUACCAUGGGCUGGGGAUCCGUAGGCAUAUGUGGACGCGCCUAUGGUUAUACCAGGAGCUGUUAUACCUCGUUAUUGACUACAAUGAAUGACCUAUUGUCCGGAUCCGCUCACGUCGCAGUGAAGGAUGAACCACUACGUACAUGUCUGGUUCAUACAAUA